AUGUCGUAUAAAACCCGGUGCCGGCCUUUUGCGGGAGCUCAGUGUGGCUACGAAGAGCUUCAAAUGAGAAAGCAAAAAGAAUAUCGGGUUUUGAUUGUGGGUGCAAGUGGGUUUCUUGGUAGCCAGCUUGCUUUGGGAUUGGAGGCACACAAGCAUCCCAAUCUACGAUUUCUGGUGACGGGCUUGGAUGUGGAGCGUUCAGAGAGGACCCUUCUUCUUGAGAGUAAGGGUAUUGAAGUGGUUUAUGGAAGUGCUACAGAUCCAGAGUUGGCCAUGGCCGUGAUAAGGAGUAAGAAGCCAAACAUUGUGGUGGAUUUUACACAGCAAGAGCAUAGUUGGAAUUUGGAGGACAAUGAGAGAACUAUGAAGUCACUGCUUGAUGCGGCAUGCAGUGUUCCAUCCAUGCAAUGUUUCUUUUUUGCAAGCCCCAAUCGCUUUUACAUCCCUUCAAGCCGUUCUGCGGAGAAGUUAGUUGAAUCUUUGGCACCAAAGCUACCAUUUCCAGUUGUGGAAUGGAGGUUUAGUACAGUUUAUGGGAGCUAUGGUCGUCCAGAUUUUCCCUAUUACAAGUUUGUUGAUCAGAUAUUGCAUAAGACUGAUGUUCCAUUAUGGGAGCAAAGGAAAGGGCGACAAAACUAUAUAUACAUUGAUGAUGCAGUAACUGUGAUGAUCAAUAGUAUUCUAUCAAGUCACAGCAUGGGACAAGUGAAUUUAUAUGAUAUUGGGACACCAUGGCCACCUAUUCCAUUUAAAGGAGUGAUUAAGGUUGUAGAAACGCUUACAAAUCUUAAAGCUUGGAUUGUUGAAAUUGAGGAUGAGAAUCCAGGCCCUUAUGAGAUUGCAUAUGAGCCUCCUACAAAUCUAUUGCUUCUUAAAUCUUACAUUUCAUUUGAGAAAGGUAUCAAAGUCAUGCAACGACACGCUAAUGGUGAUCAAUUCGUACACUUCCGCGAACUUGGAGCUUGCAUCCACGCUAACACAAACUGGGGCAUGGCUGACACUAGUCCACCUACAGACGACUCCAUAGACGUUGAGCCUUCUCCAAAGCCGCUGAGGAGGCUCACGCAAAACCGAGAAGCAGCUAACAAGUGCUGGCUAACGAGAAAGAGUAGCUCACUAAUUUCCAGGGACACAUUCAGUGAGCAGCCCAUCCAGCAAUGCAGCGGUGUAGUGAUCUAG